AUGGCUCUGCCAAAGUUCCUCCAGCCUAUCGGCUCCAAGGUCCCAGCCCAUAGUGAUCGGGUACCUCUCGAUAUUGCCCAAGCUGAGGCUCCCAGGUUUGAGAAAGUCAUCUGGUACAAGGAGCCUCACUUGCGUAAGCUUUACUUCCUCAUUGUCUUCCUGUUGAUCGCCUCGGCUACCACUGGAUACGAUGGUAUGAUGGUCAACACCUCUCAACAGAUGGACAAGUGGAAGGAGUAUUUCCCCGAGGAGAAGAACGAAAGCAAGCUCGGAAUCCUUAUCAACAUGUACAAUAUUGGUUCCAUUGUCUCCUUCUUCAUCGUCCCCUACCUUGCCGAUAAUUGGGGCCGAAAACCCACUAUCAUGCUUGGCUGUGUUAUCAUGAUCGUUGGCUCUUUCGUCUCCGCAUUCUGCAAUGGCUAUGGCAUGUACAUGGGUGGCCGAUUUGUUCUUGGUUUCGGCAACUCUCUGGCGCAAAUGUCCUCGCCCAUGCUUCUCACCGAAAUCUGCCAUCCCCAGCACCGUGGUCCUCUUACAGCUGUCUACAACUGUCUGUGGAACUUGGGUUCCCUCAUCGUUUCCGUUGUCGGUUGGGGCACUGCUUCCAUCAACGGUCACUGGUCGUGGCGAUCCAUCACCUUCAUCCAGGCUGUCCCUUCCAUCAUUCAGCUUUGUGGUAUCUGGUGGGUUCCUGAGUCACCCCGUUUCCUCAUCAAUAAGGAUAGAUCAGAGGAGGCUCUCCAGGUUCUUGCCAAGCACCAUGCUGGUGGUGAUGUGAAUAACGCCACAGUUCAGUUCCAGUACCGUGAAAUCAAGGAGACUAUCCAGGCCGACAAGUCUGUCGCAUCUACCCGAUACAUCGAUUUCUUCAAGACAAGCGGUAACCGUUGGCGUCUUGCCAUCAUCAUCUCCCUCGGUAUCAUUUCUCAGUACUCUGGUAACGCUCUCUUCUCCAACUACAUGGAUGUCAUUUACGAGGGUGCUGGAAUCAAGGAGCAGAACAAGAAGCUUGCUCUCUCUGCGGGAAAGACCAUUCUCGAUCUGUCCAUCUCCAUUGGUGCUGCCUUCACUGUCGACAAGGUCGGACGUCGUCCUCUUUUCCUUACUGCCAUCUCCGGUAUGGUCUUCGCUUUCGUCCUCUGGACCCUCACCGGUGGCAUUUACGAGAACUCCCAAUAUAAGACCCCUCCCACCGAAGAGCAGCCUGAUGGUGGUGUCGCUUACUCCAACACUGGUGCUGGCUAUGCCCAGAUUGCUUUCGUUUGGCUCUUCGGUAUCUUCUACGAUAUCGGUUUCUCCGGUCUGCUCGUUGCCUACGCUCUUGAGGUUCUUCCCUUUCACCUCCGUGCCAAGGGUAUGAUGAUCAUGAACAUUACUGUUCAGGCCAUCCUUGCUAUUGGAAAUCAAACCAACAAGCUUGCGUGGAACAACAUGCCCAACCACUGGAACUUUAUGCUUUUCUAUACCCUCUGGGACUUUUGUGAACUCGUCUUCGUCUGGUACUUCUACGUCGAGACCAAGGGACCCACCCUCGAGGAGAUCGCCCGUAUCUUUGACGGUGACGAUGCUGUUGCUCACAUCGAUCUGGCCCAGGUCGAGAAGGAAACCAACCUCACUCGACACGAGUCCAACACUUUCGAGGACUACCCACCUCCCAAGUCACUUGCUUGAAGCAAUGCUAUGUACUUUCCCGUACGACUCU